UUAUAUAAGAACAACAACACAAAUAUUUUGUAUAUUUUAUGGACACUUGGAAGAGUUUUCAACAAAUAUUACUAGCCUAUAAAGUUUGCGUGUGUAUAUUAGCAAAUGUAUCUGUCCGACUUUUUUGCUUUUGUUGGCAAAGCGAUAUGCGCAAGAAGAGUGGCAUUUUUCAACAUGGUGCUAAAAAUGGAAGGGGUAAAAAGAAUUCAAGGACCAGCCCGGAAAUGUCCACGGCAACUUGCGCUCGAUUCUGUACACCGUUGACAACAAAGCCUUCAACAGUUGGUGGAUCCACAUCAACUUCAUCAGCAGCAUCAAAAUUGACGGCAGGAAAUUCAGGAAGCGUCAUGACGUCAUCAGGCUAUAAGAAAAUACCCACAACCACAUCAUCAUCAACAACAACAACAACAACAACAGCAGCAGCAGCAGCAGGAACAGGAGCAGGAGCAACAACAAAUGACAUCAAUACAGAGGCAACAUUCACAUUCAAAUUGGGCGGAGCUGGACGAACGAAUGGCAUUGGUUCAGCUACACGUGGACACUGUGUGGCAUCAAGUGAAUCAUCAGAUCCCCUAGAAUCAGAUUACAGCGAUGAGGAGGAAGAGGAGGCGGAGGAACAACAUGCCAACAGUACCAGCACUAGCACCAGCAACAGGAGCAACAGUAGCAGCAGCAGUUCUCUACAGGAUGUCAACGAUGUCGACGGCGAUGAUGACGUCGACGAUGAUGAUGAUAUUGGAGAUGGUGCUGCUGCUCCUGCUGCCAGCGUUGGUGCUACUGGCGAUGAUAUUACCAAUGAUUCAGAGAGUAUUGAGGACGACGAUGGCAAUGAGACCGACGACGAGGAGGAUGAAGAUGAUGAAUCGUCCGAAGAGGAAAGCAGCAGCGUCCAAACAGCCAAAGGAGUACGCAAAUAUCAUUUGGAUGACUAUCAGAUCAUCAAAACUGUCGGCACUGGCACCUUUGGACGCGUGUGUUUAUGUCGCGAUCGCAUUUCGGAGAAAUAUUGUGCCAUGAAAAUUUUGGCCAUGACCGAAGUCAUACGUCUAAAGCAAAUUGAGCAUGUUAAGAAUGAGCGUAAUAUAUUACGUGAAAUACGACAUCCAUUUGUAAUCAGUCUGGAAUGGUCCACCAAAGAUGAUUCGAAUCUAUACAUGAUCUUUGAUUAUGUCUGUGGCGGCGAGCUCUUUACAUAUUUGCGUAAUGCAGGCAAAUUUACCAGUCAAACUUCCAACUUCUAUGCGGCUGAAAUUGUUAGCGCCUUGGAAUAUUUACACUCGCUACAGAUUGUCUAUCGUGAUCUUAAACCCGAGAAUCUGCUUAUCAAUCGUGAUGGACAUUUGAAGAUAACAGAUUUUGGUUUUGCCAAAAAGUUACGUGAUCGCACCUGGACUUUAUGUGGCACACCUGAGUAUAUAGCACCUGAGAUAAUACAAUCCAAGGGACACAAUAAGGCUGUGGAUUGGUGGGCCUUGGGUGUUCUAAUUUAUGAAAUGCUUGUGGGUUAUCCACCAUUCUAUGAUGAGCAACCAUUUGGCAUAUAUGAAAAGAUAUUGAGCGGCAAAAUUGAAUGGGAACGUCAUAUGGAUCCCAUUGCUAAAGACUUGAUCAAGAAGCUAUUGGUGAAUGAUAGAACCAAGCGACUGGGCAAUAUGAAGAAUGGCGCCGAUGACGUUAAGAGACAUCGCUGGUUUAAACACUUGAAUUGGAAUGAUGUCUACAAUAAGAAGCUUAAGCCACCAAUAUUGCCCGAUGUACAUCAUGAUGGUGAUACAAAAAAUUUUGAUGAUUAUCCCGAAAAGGAUUGGAAACCCGCCAAGGCAGUAGACCAAAGAGAUUUGCAGUACUUCAAUGAUUUUUAAGAGCACACACCCAGGCACAUACAGACACACACACACACACAAACACACACAUAGACAAUACAACACAUAUAAAGGAGAAGCAGAAGGGACUUUGUUUCAA